UCACUUGGCCAUUCCUGCAUAUCCUCCUCCCAUAUUUUCUGAGACUCUGAGUCACUUUUGCCCAAGAGCCUAAACCACCAACAACAAACCUAAGAAAUUUUUGAAAUGGCUCAAGUGAUUGACAUGGAACAUAAGGAGGAGGCUGUGAGGUCUAAGUUCGGGAGGGCAUGUGUAUUUUGUGCAAGCAGUUUUGGGGGCAAAGAGAGUUAUAAAACUGCUGCUACAGAACUAGGCCAAGAGCUGGUGUCAAGGGGGGUGAACCUUGUCUAUGGAGGCGGAGGCCUAGGACUGAUGGGUUCUGUGUCAAAGGCUGUGCAUGAUGGUGGAGGCCAUGUUUUUGGGAUCAUCCCCAGGGAUCUACUACCUGUAGAGAUAACAGGGGAAACAUAUGGGGAGGAAAUACGUGUAACCGACAUGCACGAAAGGAAGGCUAAAAUGGCCCGCGAGGCAGAUUGUUUUAUAGCAUUACCAGGAGGGUUUGGAACUCUUGAAGAGUUGCUGGAGGUGGUUUCUUGGUACAAACUUGGCAUCCAUGACAAACCUGUUGGUGUGCUCAACGUUGAUGGCUUCUUCAAUUUAUUCCUCUCUUCUAUUGACAAUUCCGUGGAUGAAGGUUUUAUUCAUCCUUCCCAUCACCACAUCAUAGUCGUUGCUAGCAACGCCAAGGAGCUCCUUGAUAAACUUGAGGUGUGUGAUUGAUUAUAUAUGCCGACUUUCAUUUUCAUUACACUAUUUCUGUCCUGUGAUGAGAGAAAGAAUCCUGACCCAACUACCAUCUUUUUCUCUGAUGUUUUCCUUUUGUCUUUGUUUGGUUGGUUUUGAGUGAAUCAUGACACUGCUUUUGUUUUGUUUUGUUUUGUUUUCGGUCAGGAGUAUGAGCCAGUCCCUGAGCAACAAGAACAACAGGAGAUACAUGUGGGGUUCAAUGUUGCUCCUGCUCCUCCUGUUGCUGCUACGUUGGAGACUGAUGGAGGAGAGGAGGCCAGGAGUGGAUAGGGAUCAAAUGAAGUUGG